AUGAGUUUGUCUGCAGACCCUCUAAGAAGAAGCUCACGUUAUAGAACGUUGACUGUACCGGCUCAAGAGGAGUACGAAGUGAGGGUAGAGACAUUUCAACGCAAAUUGAGCAACAUUAGGAAUGAAUGGAGGGAAUGUUUCGAUGAAAUCGACAGAUCAAGCAGUGACGCUAGUACCCUUAAAUCAGUAGACGAGCUUUUGAAGAAAGGCUUCGAUGCGUACGAGAAGGAGUCAAAUUCUUUCUGUGAAUACUUAAGAGCUACUAGAUCAGAGGAAAGUGCAAAUGAACUUGCAUCACAUUUGUUGAUUAAAGAGACUUUACUGGCAAAAGUGAAUGUGGCUAGAAGCAGGAUUGAGCGGCUGGUAAAUCAAUCAAGGAUUCCUAAAGAAGAAGACCACAUGUCACAAAAGUCGUUUAGAGCGCUUACUCAGCGGACGAUUUCUUCAAGUAAGGCUUCCAACCGCUCUAUGGAGUCCAUUCUUCGACAGAAAGAGGCGAAAUUAGAAGCUCAUCGCACCAUGCUGAAACAUCUAGAUGAGGAGUUAGCACUUGAAGCACAACUGAAACGCUUUAGAGCACAGCGAGAGAUGAAGAUGGUUGAAAGUGAACUAAGUGUCCUAAAAGAUGAACCACACUUACGAGAGCUUGCGCCAAGUUUGUCAAGCAGGUCGAAGACUGAAGAAUACUUAGAACUUCUUCCAAGGUACGAGGAGGAACGCAAGAAGCAUGAAAAUGCAGGAAAGGUCUCCGAGACAAACAGUCCAAAAAUUGAUGAUUCACAGAAAGAGGCUGUAGUAAUGUCCACACCUGCACAGUCUUUCUCUUCCCCUUCUAAUGACAAUGUCCCCAGGACACAGUUGAAUCCUGAAGCUCAACCGUUUGUACCACCAGGGAAUGGACUAUCAAUGAUCGACGUGUUCACAAAACACCUAGUUAAAAGAGACUUAAUACUAUCAAGACUCUCGACAUUCGAUGAUAAUCCAAUGAUGUUUAUUUCCUGGAAGAUGGGAUUUAACGGCAUUAUGGAAGAGCUUGGGGCUACAGACACAGAAAGACUGGAGCUAUUGUGUGAGAAACUUGGACCAGAAUCUUCGAGGCAAGCUAAGACGAUAAGAGCCUGCAACGCGAGCAGUCCAAAUAUAGCAAUCAAGAAAAUCUGGGAAAGACUAGAAAGGCGCUUUGGAGCUGCGGAACAGAUUGAAAACUACAUUCUUAAGAAAAUAAAGGACUUUCCAGAAAUUACCUCAGAUCACUUUCAUCUACUAUACGACUUAGCAGAUCUAGCAUCUGAAAUCGCAUCAUUAAAGAGCCAACCUCAGUUUGGAGUGUUGUUCAGUUACUUUGACUCUAAGAAAGGUGUGAAUGAACUUGUUGAAAAACUUCCAUGGAACCUGAAGGACAAGUGGACUUCAGAGGCUACAAAAUACAAGCGAAGUGCUGGAGUGACCUAUCCACCUUUUUCAGUUUUCCUCAAGUUUCUGGAAAAUACGGCAGAAAUGAAGAAUGAUCCCGCAUUUCAGUUCGAGAAGAAAGGCGCCAGGAAACAGUCAAACUUCCAAGCACAGCAGCCUAGACAAACCUCUGGCAAGUUUUCUGUGAACAAGACUUUCCCAGUGCCUAAAGUACAGGCUAGAAAGACAGAGGCCAUUUCUACCAAUGUGUCAGACAUGUGUCCACUACAUAAGAACAGUCAACAUUCUUUGAACAACUGUGUACCUUUUCGCCAAAAGUCUAUUGGAGAACGUAAGAAAAUAAUCUUGACAAAUGGAAUAUGCUUCAAAUGUUGCAGCGGCAAGAAGCAUAGGGCCAAGAACUGUAAAGCAGACGUCAAGUGUAGUGUGUGUCAAGCAUCAUCACAUCCCACAGCCCUUCAUGAAGAAUCAACAGAGACACAAGAUUCUGAACAAUAUGCUGUGAAGGACAAAAGGGGGAAUCCUUAUGAAGGGGAGAACGUACCCACUGUCUCUUCAGCCUGUACGAAGGUGCAUGGAAUGAGUAAGUCUUGUGCGAAGAUAGUACCUGUUCGAGUUAGCACAAUUGCUAAUCCAAGGAAGUCAAUGGUGGUUUAUGCGAUUAUCGAUGACCAGAGCAACCGGUCAUUGGCCACUUCCUCAGUCUUCAACUACUUCAAGGAUGAUGGUGGUGAUGUCCCUUAUACACUUGUGUCCUGCACUGGAACAGUUUCGGCAACUGGAAGAGUUGGUACUGGUUACACAGUUGAAUCCCUAGAUGGCACUUGUCAGCUGAAGUUUCCAGAUUUGAUAGAGUGUAAUGACUUACCUAGUAAUAGAGAUGAAAUUCCAUCCUGCCAGGUCGCGACGCAGUAUCCGCACCUGAAGUGCAUUGCAUCUGAAGUCCCCCCACUUAUUGAAACGGCGAACAUAGAACUUUUGAUAGGUAGAGACCUUACGAGUGCUCACAUAGUUCAUGAGCAGAUAGUUGGGGAGGAAGAUGAGCCAUUUGCACAGAGGCUUGCCUUAGGAUGGGUCAUUGUUGGCCAAGUUUGUCUUGGUGGAGCCCACCUGCCAGAAGUCAGGACUUUCAAAACAUUUGCGUUGAGGAAUGGUAGGCCCUCAACCUUUGAACCAUGUAACAACGAGUUGUUAGUUAAAGAUAGACUGUUCCAGAAAACUGAACAUGAUGAAAAGAUAGGACUGUCGAUAGAAGACAGAGAAUUCCUGAAGUUAAUGGACACAUCAUUCGAGAGGGAUGACAGUGGACACUGGGUGGCCCCCCUUCCUUUUAAACAGAAUCGUCCACGCCUACCUGACAACAAACUACAGGCAUUGCAGCGUGCAAGGUCAUUCGACAAGAACCUACAACACAACCCCCAGAAGUUUGAGCAUGUCAAGGAGUUUAUGGUAAAGCUGUUCAAUAGGGGCCAUGCAGAGAAAGCACCUGUGCUUGAAGAUGACGUAGAACGAUGGUAUUUGCCAAUGUUUGGCGUCUAUCAUCCAAAGAAACCAGGAUCUAUAAGGGUUGUCUUUGACUCAUCUGCACGCUAUGAAGGAGUCUCCUUGAAUGAUUCCUUGAUGAAAGGACCAGAUCUUUCCAACAACUUACAAGGUGUGUUGAUGAGAUUUCGAUUGGAAAAGUAUGCUGUGAUGGCAGAUGUGGAGCAGAUGUUCCAUAAUUUCCGAGUGAAGAGAGACCACCGUGAUCACCUUCGUUUCUUGUGGCAUCCUAACCAUGACUUGAAGGCUCCUUUAGAGGAAUUUAGGAUGACUGUACAUGUAUUCGGGAAUAGUCCCAGUCCGUCAGUGGCAACAUUUGGGUUGAGGAAGUCAGUUUCAUCUGCGGACCUGGACAUUCAACACUUUGUCUCUCAUAAUUUUUAUGUUGAUGACGGACUGAUGAGCUUUAGUACUGUAUCUGAGGCAGUAGACCUGCUUAAGCGCACUCAACAUGCUCUCUAUGAUGGAGGUCGCUUACGCUUACACAAGAUUACGUCUAAUUCGGUUGAGAUUUUGCAACAUUUCCAACAAGAGGACCUCAGCAAAGAUCUCAUUGGGCUCAACAUAAUGCAGGACGACUUACCGGAACAAAGGAGCUUGGGCAUUGCGUGGAAUAUUGAAAUGGACAAGUUCAUAUUCAGAGUAAACAAGGAACCAAGGCCUUUAACACGACGAGGUGUCCUGUCAGUCAUAAAUAGCCUUUUUGACCCCAUUGGAUUUACAGCCCCGGUGACUGUUGUGGGGAAGAUGCUUCUGCGGGAUGCUAUGACUACAAAAAUUGGCUGGGACGACCUACUUCCUAACACCUUUCAGAUCAAAUGGGAAGGAUGGGUAGAUUCACUUAAUGCUCUUGAAACGGUUCAUAUACCCCGUAGGUAUUGCCAACUUUCCACACAACAGGCAUCACAUUUGGAAGUGCACAUUUUUUCUGAUGCGUCAAAGGAGGCAGUGGCUGCCGUGGCAUACUUGAAAGUGUUCCACAAAGAACAUGCGGAGUUAGGAUUUCUUCUUGGGAAGGCCAAAGUUGCCCCCACACACGGGCACACGAUCCCAAGGCUUGAACUAUGCGCCUCGGUUCUGGCUGUUGAGAUGGCAGAAAUUAUCAGAGAACAACUGCAAGUUUCCAAAGAUGCCUUUACCUUCUACACAGAUAGCCAAGUCGUUUUGGGAUACAUCUCCAAUGACGCUAAGAGAUUUCACGUGUAUGUGUCGAAUAGGGUGAGCAGAAUACGGUCAUUCUGUGGUCCGGAAUGCUGGAGAUACGUGAUGUCUGAACAGAACCCAGCUGAUAUUGCGACUCGUGGUUGCAGCACCAGAGAACUCCCUUUGAGUAGCUGGCUUUUAGGACCGAACUUCCUGAGAAAUAGUGAACAAUGUGCAGACCAACCUCCAACCUAUGACCUUGUUGAUCCCGAGACAGAUGAGGAAGUUCGUAAACAGGUGACUUGUUCAAAGACCACAGUCAUUUCUCAGGGAUCAGAUUCUUCUCAACCCAGAAGUAUGUCUACAUGGUGUGAACGCUUUGAAAAAUUUUCUACAUGGGCAAGUCUGGUUCGUGCUAUUACGCGCCUUAAAGGUCUUUUGAGUAGGACCAAAUCUGACAAACCAAAUACAGUCGCCCUAAAAGAAGAUGCUGAACAUUUUAUUAUUAAGCAGACUCAAAAUGACAGAUAUUCAUCGGAGAUCCUUGCAAUCAAAGGAGGAAAACAUCCACCACGGAACAGCUCUUUGGUUCCCCUUUACCCAGUGUUAGACCAAAAUGGCAUUCUGCGUGUGGGCGGUCGAGUCAAACAUAUGAAGAUUUCUGACGUAACUACACAACCUAUUAUUAUUCCCAAGGACAACCAUGUUGCUACAUUGUUAGUACGUCACUAUCAUGAAGAAGUUCAUCAUCAGGGGAGGCACAUGACGGAAGGAGCCAUCAGAAGCGCGGGUUUCUGGGUUGUUGGAUUCCGUAGACUUGUAAAUUCUCUGAUUAGGUCAUGCGUUUUGUGCAAGAAAUUGCGUGGGAAUCUAGGAUGGACAAAAAUGGCUGACCUUCCCCUAGAAAGAGUUGAGCCUGGGCCUCCAUUUAGUUUCGUGGGGAUAGACACCUUUGGACCAUGGCCAGUCGUUAUAAAGAAAACUACCAGAGGUGUUAGAACUACAUCCAAGUAUUGGGCCAUUCUUUUCACCUGCCUAGUGUCAAGAGCAGUACACAUAGAAUUGGUUGGAGAUAUGAGUAGUGAAGCUUUCAUCAAUGCCCUGAGACGAUUCAUGGCGAUUCGUGGCCCUGUACGCCAGUUUCGUUCGGAUAGGGGUACGAACUUUAUUGGGGCAAUGAAGGAGCUAGGGAUAAGUGCAACUUUUGAUGAAAGUGGGACAGUCCAUGACUAUCUAACAAAGUGUGGAUCUACCUGGGUUUUCAACCCGCCCUAUGCUCAUCAUUUUGGAGGCGUCUGGGAACGCCUGAUAGGUUCCUGUCGUCGUAUACUGGAUGCUUUGCUGUUGGAGAACAGACCGAAGGACUUAAACUUUGAUGUCCUAAAUACCUUCAUGAGUGAGGUGAGUGCCAUCAUGAAUACUCGCCCUUUGUUACCCAUUUCCAGUGAUCCGGAAGCUCCAUCUGUUCUCUCUCCGUCCAUGAUCCUUACACAGAAAGGACAUAACUUCUCUACACCCAUGAACGUUACAGGAUUUGGAGAUAAAGACGCUAUGAGAAGUCAGUGGAAGUUGGUUCAAAAACUGGCAGAUAACUUCUGGCAUAGAUGGCAGCUCGAGUACAUUCACUGUCUGCAAACUCGCAGGAAAUGGCAGUUGCCAGGGACAACUUUCAAGGUCGGUGAUGUGGUGCUAGUCAAGGACGACAGUUCUCAUCGAAACAUGUGGCCCGUUGGUGUCAUCGAGGAAGUAUUCCCAAGCAAGAACGAUGUCAUUCGAAAGGUCAAGGUCACCAUUGUUCAUGACGACAUUCGUACUUCAUAUGUGAGACCAAUCACAGAACUGAUUCAUUUACUUGAUUGUGAGUGA